CAGAGUCUUGGGGGAAUUUAUAGAGAAAAAUACUGCCUUGGGAAAGUUUGGGAUUAGAGGCAAGGAUAUCUAGUUGGUUCAACAAGAAGAUAGAACAUUUGGGAUUCCAAGAAUUGUCAGCAAAAAGGCACAAGAUCUAUGGAUAACGUAUUGAAUUAAUUAAACAAGUUAAAAAUAUAAACAACAGCAUAUCUGUUAAGUUGUCGUGAACUGCUUAUGGCUAAGUUUGCAUUGCUCUUUUCUCUUUUCCAGGAGUUUCAUCAGUUACAUGGAAUCAGGAAACCAAACACAUGUUUCAGAAUUCAUCCUUUUGGGACUCUCAGAAGAGGCAGAGCUGCAGCCCCUCCUCUUUGGGCUAUUUCUGUCCAAGUACCUGAUCACCUUAAUUGGAAACUUGUUCAUCAUCCUGGCCAUUAUCACAGACUCCCACCUCCACACACCCAUGUACUUCUUCCUCUGCAACCUCUCUUUUGCAGACAUCUGUUUUAUUUCCUCCACUAUCCCAAAGAUGCUGCUGAACAUCCAGAUGCAGAGCAAAGUUAUUACCUAUGAGGGCUGCAUCACCCAGAUGUAUUUUUUCGUACUCUUUGGAGGGUUAGAUAAUUUCCUCUUGACAGUGAUGGCCUAUGACCGGUUUGUGGCCAUCUGUCACCCUCUGCACUACAUGGUCAUCAUGAACCCUAAAUUCUGUGGCCUCUUGCUUCUGACAUCCUGGUUAUUAACUGUUCUGUACUGUCUAUUACAUGGUUUAAUGGUUUUACGAUUGUCUUUUUGUACAGAGUUGGAAAUCCCCCACUUUUUCUGUGAACUUAAUCAGGUAGUCCAACUUGCUUGUUCUGACACCUACCCCAAUGACUUGGUGAUGUAUUUUACAACUGGACUUGAGGGUGUUAUUCCACUCACUGGGAUCCUUUUCUCUUACACUAAGAUCGUGUCUUCCAUUUUGAGAAUUUCAUCUGCUGGGGGCAAGUACAAAGCCUUUACCACUUGUGGGUCUCACCUCUCAGUUGUCUCGUUGUUCUAUGGUACAGUACUUGGAAUAUAUCUCAGUUCUGCUGGUUCCCAAGCCUCCAUGGCCAGAACAAUAGCUUCAGUGACGUACACUGUAGCCACCCCCAUGUUAAACCCCUUUAUAUGCAGUCUUAGGAACAAGGACAUAAAAAGCAGGCUCUAAAAAAACUUUUCAGCUGAGAAACAUUCUCUCCAUAACAGAAUCAUUUUUCUCAAGGAUUGCUCAUGAACAACAGAGCUCCAGAUCAUGAAGACCUACAUCAUGAUACUUUCAUCAUUUCCUAAAUGUGCAUUAUUCCCAGAAUUCAAUC